AAAGUUGCUGAUUUCAGAGUUGCAAGGGUGCAGACUGAAUCUAGAGUAAUGACGGCAGAAACCGGAACAUACAGGUGGAUGGCACCCGAGGUUAUCGAGCACAAACCGUAUGAUCAUAUAGCUGAUGUGUUCAGUUUCGCGAUAGUGCUAUGGGAGCUUCUAACAGGCGAAGUUCCCUACUCAUACUUAACCCCAUUACAAGCAGCAGUUGGUGUGGUACAACAGGGUUUACGGCCUACAAUCCCGAAGCAGACUCAUCCCAAGCAGGCAGAACUGCUUGAGUGUUGAGCGGGUUAACUAACGGGUCAAAUGGGUCAAAAUGGCCCAGGUUGACCUGUUUGACUCCUUUAAAUAAAAGAUACCCCAAAUCAACCCAUGCAUAUGUAAAUGGGUCAAAACAUGUGUGUACCAUUGACUUGUAAUUAACGAUAUAACAUAUUGUUCGUUUUUAGGAGAAAUUUGGUGUGAAAUUGAUCAGAGACGAAGAAUUUGAGCUUAUGUCAACUCUUUACCUCCAAGUUAAUCAUAUUCAUUUACACUAAUCAACAUUAAUACAUUAUACUACUUAUUACUACAAUCACAACUUUUUUUUAAUCCAGACCGCUUUCACCUCAAAGGACUAUGGACGCGAAGAGAGGAAGCCCAUUGGGCCACGCACAACGCACCUUGCAUGUUCUCCAAGCACCAAAUGCAAACGAUAUCUUGAACGACAAGAGCGACCAUAGGGAGUUGUCGGAACUUGCAAAACAAGCAAAGAGGCUGGCCGAGGUUGCUAGGUGUGGAUUCACGAUACGACGUCUCUUUCGAGAAGGAAAGGGCUAACAGGGCAUACAUGGAGGGUCCGGUUGGCCCAAAGCCGUUUUAGAAGAAGCAUGAGCUCUAGACUCGACUAUGGCGAGGCAUUGUUGCCAUACUCGCAUGGCUAUACCGAACUAUGCUUUUCUUAACCCGCCAACAAAACAAAUGGAACACACAAAGGCCGAUUUUCAUUCGUUAGGUUCGCGCCACAAAUCGUGUAUCAUCAUAUCUAACCAUCCACUUCUGAUUGCGGCCCGCCAGCUCUCGCCACUAAACACGAGUUUACAAUGGCUUUGCCAUAUGCCGGUGCAUCAUAUCCUCAUCACACUACCAAAUAGGAGAUCAAGAUGAUGAUUUCUAUCAUUUUAUAAAUUUUAUUCAUGAUUCUUUGUAGAUUUAUGUUUUGUAUUU